AAUAACUUUUAUUCCCUUCGUCGUUCGUUUUCCAUCGACCUCAUUUCGCCGUCAUCGCUUUUAAAGCCUUUUUAACUGGGACAACAUGGCUGCACCGGCCGGUCGUUACUACGGCGAGGGAGGCAGGGCAACGAAAAGACAGAAAACCGAAAAUAACGACGGAGGAAUGGCUACGGAGGGUUAUGAGGAUCCCCAUAAGACACUGCCCUCCCCUGUGGUGCAUGUGAGGGGACUUGUGGAUGGUAUUACUGAGGCUGACCUGGUUGAGGCACUACAGGAAUUUGGAACGAUCAGCUAUGUGGUUGUGAUGCCAAAAAAGCGGCAGGCUCUGGUGGAGUAUGAAGACAUGAAUGGUUCCUGCAAUGCGGUGAACUACGCCUCAGACAAUCAGAUCUACAUUGCUGGACACCCUGCUUUCGUCAACUACUCCACUAGCCAGAAAAUAUCUCGGCCUGGGGACCCUGAUGACUCCCGGAGUGUCAACAAUGUGCUGCUACUCACCAUCAUGAAUCCUAUCUACCCCAUCACUACGGAUGUGCUGUACACCAUCUGUAACAACUGUGGCCCUGUCCAAAGGAUCGUCAUCUUCAGGAAGAAUGGCGUGCAGGCCAUGGUUGAAUUCGACUCUGUGCAGAGUGCGCAGAGAGCCAAAGCCUCUCUCAAUGGGGCUGAUAUCUACUCUGGCUGCUGCACUUUGAAGAUCGAGUAUGCCAAGCCGACGCGUCUAAAUGUCUUCAAGAAUGACCAGGACACCUGGGACUACACCAAUCCUAACCUGAGUAACCAAGAUGCAGAAGGAGAUGGCAGUUGGAGCAAUGCACAAGACCUGAAUGCCAACCCAAACAAGCGGCAGAGACAGCCAGCGCUAUUGGGAGACCACCCUCCAGAGUAUGGUGGCCCACAAGGUGGUUACCAUGGACACUACCAUGAUGAGAGCUAUGGGCCACCCCCCCCCCCACCCCACUAUGAGGGGCGUCGUAUGGGCCCCCCAAUGGGAGGGCCCCGCCGUGGGGGUCCUAACCAGCGUUACGGGGGCCCUCAGUAUGGCCAUGCCCCACCCCCCCCAGACUACAGCCCCCAUGCUGACUCCCCUGUGGUUAUGGUGUAUGGCCUGGAUCCCUCCAAGAUCAACGCUGACCGUGUCUUCAACAUCUUCUGCCUUUAUGGCAAUGUGGAGAGGGUGAAGUUCAUGAAGAGCAAGCCAGGUGCAGCCAUGGUGGAAAUGGGUGACUGCUACGCCGUGGACCGUGCCAUCACUCACCUCAACAACAACUUCCUGUUUGGACAAAAACUCAACGUUUGUGUGUCAAAGCAGCAGGCCAUCAUGCCAGGUCAGUCAUAUGAGCUGGAGGAUGGCAGUAGCAGUUUUAAGGACUUCCAUGGGACCCGAAACAACCGAUUCACUUCUCCAGAGCAGGCAGCCAAGAAUCGCAUCCAGCACCCCAGCAAUGUGCUGCACUUCUUCAAUGGCCAGCCUGAUGUUUCUGUGGAGAUAUUCACACAGAUCUGCGAGGAGCUGGGAGUGAAGAGUCCCUCUAACAUUAAGCUCUUCACUGGAAAGAUGGGUGGGGGUCCAGGUGAGCGCAGUUCAUCCGGACUGUUGGAGUGGGAGUCCAUUAACGAUGCUAUGGAGGCGCUGGCCAUGAUGAACCACUACCAGAUGAAGAACCCCAAUGGUCCAUACCCGUACACCCUGAAGCUGUGCUUUUCCACUGCCCAGCAUGCCAAUUGAAACUGAUCCCUGGAUAUCACCCAACUCCCAACACCCCUCCACGUCCCUCCCACUCCCUGUUUCCGUGCAGUCUUGAGUUGUCUUUAUUCUUUAGUAUGUAACUGUGGCAGGAUGGGAGGGUGUGAGACACACUGACACAGAAGUGAUGCGUUUUAUUGAAGAGAGAAGAGGAAGUGUUUUGUACCAGUAUUUUUUUUAAAAAAAAAUUGUUUUCAAUUAAAGAUUGUGUUCAGCUGCCUAAUCAGCAUUAGGACUACAUCAGCUUUAGUAGGAAGUGUAGUUUGUCUUUAUGUUCUGAAAUAAAAAAUAAUAAUUUGA